AUUCUCUUUUUAUUUAAUCUCUCGUCUACUCCUAUUUCCUUCGUUUAUUUGCGAUCCAAAAAAUACCAAUCGCUCAGAAAACGGCGCGCUUCCGGCGAGAAAAUUUUGGUCAGUUUUAUGCUGUUUUGGCGUCGAAUUAGGGUAUCUCAUUUUCGAUUUUGCAAAAGGAAAUUUUAAUUUUGGGGGAAUUGCGGAAGUUAGCGUUUGGGCCGAGAUCUAUAAGAAUUUGAGCUGGUUUGGGCGGAAAACUGGAUUCUUAGGUUGGAUUCUUGAAAUUGGAUGUGAAUUAGGGUUUGUUUAAUCUUCUGAGAUUGGAAUGAGCGAUCAGUGAGGGAACCUCUGGUGGAAGAGGAUCCCGUUGCCCGAGGAAGCUCAAAUUAGGGUUAGGGUUCCUUUUGACUGCAAUGGGACUUUCUGUUUUCGUUCUUCCAUGAGUUAUUGUGUUGAACUGAAGAAUUGGGGUAGAAACUGGCUGUUUGAGUCCAAGGGUAAGUUAGAAAUCUGAAAGAAAUGUUUUUUCCGGGGUCGAAUAAUUCACAAGACACGAGUGGAGUUGUGCUAGUCCCUACGCGGUUUGUAUGGCCUUACGGAGGGCGAAGAGUUUUCGUCUCUGGCACUUUUACAAGGUGGUCUGAACCUGUAUUGAUGUCGCCUGUGGAGGGUUGCCCUAACGUUUUUCAGGCUAUAUGUGGCGUGACUCCCGGUUUUCACCAGUACAAGUUCUAUGUUGACGGUGAGUGGAGGCAUGAUGAGCGUCAACCCCAUGUGACCGGAAAUUAUGGAAUAGUGAACACUUUGCUCCUAACCAGAGAGCUAGACCCUGUUCCACCAAGUUUGGGCACCGAUACACAUGAAAAUAGGAUGAACAUGGAUGUAGAAAAUGACGUCUUUCAGUGUGCGGUGGCAUUGUCAGGUGGUGCCACACAGGAGGCAACUAUGGCGAUUUCAGAGGCUGAUGUAGAGAUCUCUUGCCACCGUAUAUCUGAGUUUUUGUCAACAUACACUGCAUAUGAGUUGCUUCCAGAUUCAGGAAAGGUCAUUGCUCUUGAUGUAAAUUUACCUGUGAAGCAAGCUUUUCAUAUCCUAUAUGAGCAGGGAAUUCCUGUGGCUCCUUUGUGGGACUCUUACAAGAAACAAUUUGUUGGAGUACUCAGUCCGUUGGACUUCAUAUUAAUUUUGAGGGAGCUUGGAAACCAUGGAUCAAAUCUGACACAAGAAGAACUCGAGACGCACACAAUAUCUGCUUGGAAAGAAGGAAGACAACUACUUUAUGGACAAGUUGACGAACACGGAAGACCAAUUGAAAAGCGUCUAGUUCACGCUGGUGCCUAUGAUUCAUUGAAAGAUGUAGCUGUAAAGAUAUUGCAGAAUGGUGUGGCCACAGUUCCCAUUAUCCAUUCUCCUUUUCGAGAUGGAUCUUUUCCACAGCUACUCCAUAUUGCAUCCCUCUCAGGAAUACUGACAUGUAUUUGCAGGCACUUUAGACACACUUCUAAUUCUUUGCCUAUUCUACAACAACCAAUAUGCACAAUCCCCUUAGGGACGUGGGUUCCUAGACUUGGGGAAACAAAUGGUCGCCCACUGGCAAUGUUGAGGCCGAAUGCAUCACUCGGGUCCGCUUUAGCUUUGCUAGUUCAAGCUCAGGUUAGUUCGAUACCAAUUGUUGAUGAUAAUGAUUCUUUGCUGGAUACAUAUUCUAGAAGUGACAUCACAGCCUUGGCAAAAGAUAGAGUGUACGCACAGAUCCGCCUUGAUGAGAUGAGUGUCCAUCAGGCUAUUCAGCUUAGGCAAGAUUCAAGUUCUCCAAAUGGGUUUUUUGAUGGGCAGAGAUGCCAAAUGUGUCUUCGCACCGAUCACUUGCUGAAAGUUAUCGAACGAUUGGCAAAUCCAGGGGUUCGUCGUGUAAUCAUUGUUGAAGCUGGAAGCAAGAGAGUUGAAGGCAUUGUUUCUCUGAGUGAUGUGUUCAGGUUCUUGCUCGGUUUGCCAUGAAGUAACUUUUUGGAUGCGAUUGGAUCUCUCUGAUGUCGUUGAAUCUUCUGUUUGCAUAACGAGCGAAUCCACAGCCUCCAAUUUAUUCUGUUUGGCUGAUGGAAUCAUUUAUGGAUUUUCUUUCAAUUGGAUAGGCCUCAAUUGUUAGGGCCUGGUCUUUCAAAAGAAAAGGCCACAAGAGGUCUGUAAAUGUUAGGAUUUUUUUGGGGGUAUUUUCAUGCUAUCUUCUAAUUGUUGUUAAUUGGAUACGCUUCAUUGUGCUGGUGAUGUUUUCUGCUGUCCUUUAAAGCUUGGUGCUUUAAUUUUACCAGCUGAAUGCGUGGAAGGAAGACAGAAGAAAUGUCAGGUGGCGAACUGACAACCAGCUUGGUAGUUCUAAGACCAGUCACAGGCUAUGAUACUUUCGCUACAAUAGUUGAUAGGAUCCAGGUCAUUCUUAUUGUUUUUUCAUUUGUAGAUUGUUACCUUUGUUACUUCAUGUAGCUUACGCUUCAUAGGAAAAAACACAGUAUGAUUGAAGUGGUUUAUUUUGAAUUACGUA